UGAACUGUGUUACUAGUUUGUGUUUAUAUGAUGGUGCGGUAGUGUGGGUAGCAAGAUAAAACACGCUGAGACUGAAGAGCACUCUUUGCGAAGCACCAUCAUGUUUUUUGUGCAUUUCACAGGACUAAACCACCUGCCCUUUGACCCUGGCAAUAGCAAACCUCUGCCAUUCAAUAGCAGCCCUGCUGAAAAUGGAGGCGAGGCAAGCCAGAAACGGAAGAGGAUAAAUUUGCCUACAGACAGCAUCCCAAAUCUGAAUCUAGAGUCUCCUCCAAUGGAUUUGGGCAUGUCAGACCCAACAGCCUGGACCACUGCAAUGAAUAACUUGGGGAUGGCACCAAUGGGAAUAACAGGAGAUCCUCUUUUGCCUGACUUCGACCCUGUGCUUGGAAUGAUGACUGGGAUCCCACCAAUCAGUCCCUUGAUGCCUGGCUUGGAAAUAGUGCCACCACCAGUGAUUAAGGAGAUCAUACAUUGCAAAAGUUGCACACUCUUCCCGCCUAACUCAAAUCUGCCUCCUCCCACCACAAGGGAAAGACCUCCUGGAUGCAAGACGGUAUUUGUUGGAGGACUGCCAGAAAAUGCAACAGAAGAGACUGUUGUGGAGAUUUUUGAGCAGUGUGGAGAGAUCUUAGCGCUUCGGAAGAGCAAAAAGCACUUCUGCCACAUCCGUUUUUCUGAGGAAUACAUGGUGGACAAGGCUAUUUAUUUGUCUGGUUAUCGCAUCAGGCUGGGCUCCAGCACUGAUAAAAAGGAUACAGGGCGCCUACACGUGGAUUUUGCUCAAGCCCGGGAUGAUUUCUACGAGUGGGAAUGCAAGCAGCGGAUGCUUGCCCGGGAAGAGCGCCAUCGCAGAAGGAUGGCAGAAAAACAGUUCCACCCUCCCUCCCCACCUCCUGUUGUCCACUAUUCGUAUUAUGAGUGCAGUAUUGUUGCUGAGAAGCUAAAAGAUGAUUCCAAGUUUUUGGAAGCGGUGCAGACACUGCUGGCCUGGAUAGAGCGUGGGGAAGUGAACAGACGGACUGCAAACAACUUCUACUCAAUGAUCCAGUCGGUCAACAGCCACAUCCGCCGGCUUACAAAUGAGAAAGCAGUCCAUGAAAAGGAAAUGGAAGAAGCAAAGGAGAAGUUCAAGCUUGCACUCGCAGGAAUUCUUGCUCAGUUCGAGCAGAUAGUGGCCGUGUACCAUUCUGCAUCCAAACAAAAGGCUUGGGACCAUUUCACGAAAGCGCAACGUAAGAACAUCAGCGUAUGGUGCAAGCAAGCUGAGGAAAUCCGCAACAUUCAGAAUGAUGAGCUGAUGGGCAUCCGACGAGAAGAGGAAAUGGAAAUGUCUGACGACGAGACAGAGCCAUCAGAUGCCAAGGAGAUGGAAGAGUCAGCUUUAAUAUCUCAAGCAGAAGCUCUGAAGGAAGAAAAUGACAGCUUAAAAUGUCAGCUUGAUGCGUACAGGAAUGAGGUGGAUCUCUUAAAGCAAGAGCAGGGCAAAGUGGACAGAGAUGAAGACAUAAGCAAAGACCAGAAAUUAAAGAUUCUCCAGCAGGCUUUGCAAGGCAUGCAGCAGCAUCUCCUGAAACUCCAAGAUGAAUGUGAAAGAAGAGAUGCAGAACUGGAAAAAGUCAAUGAAGAAAAGGCACAACUCGACAAAUUGCUUGAAAGCCUAAAUGAAAAGGUAAGAUUUGCUCCCAGGUGCUGGUCUUGCUGGCUCUCCAUCCUAACUUGGACAUAAAGCUCCCUUUGUAACUGGGAGCCCAUAUUUCUCUCUUACAGCCUAAAUCCACCUCACAGGGUAGUUGUGAAGAUAAAAAGACUGGAAUAGG